CGAAUAACAAUUAAAAUUGAAUCCCUUAUCCCCAUCCCAAGAAAUAAUACGUGUAUUCAGUAAUACCAAAUAUAGACAAAUUUGAUAUGGUAUUUGGUAUAUCCAAAUACCGAUAUCAAACUUCCGACAUAGUAAUGAGGAAUGGCUGGAACUUUACUGUAAAUACUUACAAGUAAAAAAGCUAUGUUGUAAUUGGCCAAACUCAACUCAUUUCAUGCCCUUCUGAGAGAGCAUAAGGACAACAUUACAAUUUUCCCCCUUUUUUUCUCUGUAUCGCUUCCCUCUCGUUCUUCUCUCUUGUGCGUCCUUCGAUUCUUCCAUUCUCUUUCACAACCCGCCAGAGAUCCACCAAUUCCAGGGCCGACACAUUAGUCUCACCUCGUCAUCUCGAUGGAGGCCGUCGAAAAUGAGAAGCCAUGGAACUCUCAAAAAUUGGCCGGGACGGUAUCUUGGAGUACAGCAAGUUUGAUCGGAUUUUUCACAGGAAUGCUAUAUGGAGGCACUAAGGAAGCUUCUGCAUCAGCUAGUAUAGAUGCGGACGUGAUGCUGAAGCUAGGCAGCACGCCAAACAAGGCCAAGCAGUACAACUUGAUGCGAGACGCGAUGGAGAGAAGAUUCGUUAAAGUCAGUCGUGGCGCCCUGGUUGGUGGGGUGAGACUCGGCAUGUUCACUGCUGGCUUUUGUGCUCUGCAAAACUUGAUGGCUGAGCAACGCGGGGGAGUGCAUGAUGUUUACAAUGUGGUCGGAGCUGGCUCAGUCACUGCUGCAACAUUUGGGCUAAUCCUGCCUGGAUCUCUUAGGUGGCGUGCGAGGAAUGUGCUACUUGGAACGGUUCUUGGUGCAGUAGUAUGCUUCCCUCUAGGUUGGGUCCAAAUGAAGCUGGUGGAGAAGGCAAAUGAGGGUGGUGUUAAUUCGACCAGAGGUGACGCUACUGCUGCUGUUGGUGGUGUUGGAGCUGCAAUUGAGAGGCUUGAAGCAAGAGUGAAAAGGUGAGAAAGAGACAUGACUGAAAUCUGCUGCUACGUAUGACUACCAUGACGGGACAGGAAAGAGAUGGCUUUGUGGAUCUAUCUGAAUACCAUGGAACGGUUUACUCGGCAUUAUCUUCUUCCCAUGUUAUUAGGGUUCAAGAUUCAGAAUAAAUUGCUUUGAUAACACUGCAGGGUUCCUGUCUAUUUAGUUUGCAGGACUCCUUUAAAUUGCUUAAUACAAAUUUUGAGGAAGGUUUUCGCUGUUAUAGAAACACUAUUGACUAUUGAGUGUUCGUUCAAACGCUUACCCAUUUUUGUCACUUUCAACUGUGUAAAGAUGGUUACAGUUUACUUGCAGCUAGUAUCCUUACUACUAUUACUGUUACGAGGAGGACGAUUAUUGUUAUUUUCAGUCAUGAACUUAUUUUAGUUCGAGUGAAUUAACUACAAGAACAAUGAACUAUGAAUACAGAA